CCUCCAGACGCCACGAUUCAACCGGAUCUCGCGGAGCGCCUCCGAGAGAUAGGCGUAGUCCAGCCAAACCCCACCUACUCCCCUUCCUCCAAAGCAUCACUAGUGUCCUCGCCUCUGCAAGAGACGCGACAUAGCGGCCCUAUAUUCCCUGCGGCAUCCAACAAUGCUGUACUGUCCGCCUUGGAGGCCAGGAGACGACUGGCGGAGGAAGCCGAGGAAGAAUUCGAGAACCUGGGCAUAGCAGGCGGGCAGGGCAGGCGGUUCCUCUAUGCUGGCAUGAUCCGCGAUGUCCUCGUCAUGAAGGAGAGGGGCGCCAGCGAUGAGCAGAUCGAGCACAGACUCAACCUGAAGAAAGGGGUGGUCAGUCGGCUGGGGCCGAAGGGGCUUUACCGGCCAGCUGGAGGCGCCGUCCCCUGA